AUGGAUCAGAAAACACCAAGAGGAAGAAACUAUACAGAAAUGGAGGUUCAGAAUAUGAUGAGUGAUUCAAACAACAUUAAGGAAGAUGCAAAUUUGCUUCCUGGGUAUCGUUUUCAUCCCACUGAUGAAGAGCUUGUGAGGUUUUAUCUUCGGAGGAAGGUGGAGAACAAACCCAUUCGUCUAGAACUCAUCAAACUUAUUGAUAUUUACAAAUAUGACCCUUGGGAUCUUCCAAAAGCUAGCGGCAUUGUUGGGGGCAAGGAGUGGUACUUCUUUUGCAGAAGGGGAAAGAAGUACAGAAAUAGCGUAAGACCCAACCGGGUCACAAAAUCAGGUUGCAUUGGCUUAAAGAAAUCCCUAGUCUACUACCGGGGAAGUGCCGGAAAGGGUACCAAAACGGACUGGAUGAUGCACGAAUUCCGCCUUCCGGCUAGUUCAAGCAAGGAUGACACUUCUAACAUCAAGAACUAUACUCAAGAAGCUGAAGUUUGGACACUUUGCAGGAUUUUGAAGCGAGAUAAUAAUUAUUCUUGCAGAAAGUAUGCAUCAAAUUGGCAAAAGACAACUUCGAAUCCAAAGCAAAUUGUGGCUGACUCAAGUUCUAAACCGUGCAGUCCUGAAUCAGAUAUAAGUUUUGGUGCUUUGGCUGCUAAUAAGGAUCAAUUUGAAAGGAGCCCUAUUGUGUAUAACGGUCAUAUGUACGAAGGAAACCGAUUUUCCGCAGGUGAUCAGCUGAGCUUAAAAGGUGAAGUUGAUCCAAUGGUGAACUCAUACAUAAGCUUUUCGAAUCCAAAAGAAGAUGAGAUGUUAACAUCAGAUGGAAACUGGGAUGAGCUAAGACCAAUGGUCGACUGUGUUCUAAAUCCAUCACUGCUAUAUAGUUGUAGGUAG